AUGGGCGUCGGGGGGAACUGUGCCGAACUCCGCAUCCGGUCAACGAGUGGAAGCGACUUCUUCGAGAUUCGUGGACACGGGGGCAACCUCUACUUCGAGGACACCAUUGUCACGUCAUGGGACGUUGACGGCCGCAAGCCACAGGAGACGUACAAGGGCGGAAGAUCUUUCAUCAGAUGCGUGUCGGAAGUGCUCACAGGCGAGGACACCUGCGCGAUUAAUAACAUGGGAGAGUGCCGCAUGGACAUAAUCGAUUCGGAGAUGGGCUAUUUGGGUUACGACGCCUCUGAGGCUUACGGCAUCACCUGGAAGGUUCGCGGCUUCUGCAGCGACCUGUGA